AUGCAAAGCCCACAGAGCCCCGAAAGAAGAACAACGGGCAUGAUCCGACCAGUUGGAUAUAGGAUCAGAAACUCCAAUCCCAAAAAGCGGCCCAACGCAGUUGAAGUUCUCAUCGCCGAAGCCAAAUACUUUCUGGCUGAUACGACGGUGGAGGUGACCAAUCCAUCCCUGAGUCAGGAGGUCGGAUCUACACCAGACAACCCGACAACUCUGGAUGAUGAACCGACCAACGUCAGCGUUUCGCAACCAACAGCGGAUGGUAUGAACGACCCCAGGGCUGGCGUCGUGCCUCGCAUCUCGGCAGAGAAUGUCAUCAAGCCCAUCCUCAUAAGUGGCAAUGCAUGUCAUCUCAUUGCGAGGCCUGGGGCCACGAAUUACAGCAUGGCUUGCAGCCCUAGUCGUCGCUCAUUGCGCAUAGUCAAGCAGGGAGGAUCACCCAAUUACAGCUGGAUGUACCCAGUGGGUCACCGGAGGAUAGUGCUGCUGAGUGAAGUUGAUAAGACUGAACCGCGGAAAAAACCCGAUAAUGCCUUGAACCACCUCACAAGUCCGACCUUGCGGCGCCAGGGCUUUGCUACCAGGGAUUGCUCAGGUGGAUUGGAACCUGGGAGAGAAAGUUCUGAAGGGUCGACUUCCUGCGAUGCAUCGGAGUGA